AGAAAACCCAAAAGGUAGAAACCUCUGUUUCUGUCCUUAAUUAUCACCAUCCAUGAUCUUUUCUUUGUUUUCUUACCAUGUCAUUGAGCAAAAUACUCAAACAUUAUCUCAUAAAUCAUCUUCAGUUGCCUCACUUCUUUUAGUCCCAUCAAUCUUUUUGGCUUCUCAGCCAGAUUUAUUUAAUUACCACCUGUUUCUGUUUGUUCCCCAAGAAUCCAAAAGAAAACUUGCAACUAUGGCCUAUGAAAACAAAUCCAUGUCUCUGGACUCUCCCCAAAGAAAAUUGGGUAGGGGAAAGAUCGAGAUCAAGCGGAUCGAAAACACAACAAACCGUCAAGUAACCUUCUGCAAAAGGCGCAAUGGGUUGCUCAAGAAGGCCUAUGAACUCUCUGUACUCUGUGAUGCAGAGGUUGCUCUCAUAGUCUUCUCUAACCGUGGCCGACUUUAUGAGUAUGCCAACAACAGUGUUAAAGAAACAAUUGAGAGGUACAAGAAGGCAUGCGCAGAGUCUACAAAUACCGGAUCUGUUUCCGAAGCUAGUACUCAGUACUACCAACAAGAAGCUGCGAAACUGCGCGCUCAGAUAGGGAAUUUGCAGAACUCAAGCAGGCAUAUGAUGGGCGAGUCAUUGAGUUCUAUGAAUAUGAAAGACCUGAAGAAUCUGGAGAGUAAACUAGAGAAAGGAAUCAACAGAAUCAGAUCCAAGAAGAAUGAGCUCUUGUUUGCCGAAAUUGAGUACAUGCAGAAAAGGGAAAUUGACUUGCAUAACAACAACCAGCUCCUACGAGCAAAGAUAGCUGAGAAUGAGAGGAGCCAGCAAAACAUAAAUGUGAUGGCUGGAGGGGGAAGUUAUGAGAUCAUGCAGUCUCAGCCAUAUGACUCUCGGAACUAUUUUCAAGUGAAUGCAUUACAACCCAAUCAUCAGUACAAUUCACGCCAAGAUCCGAUGGCCCUUCAAUUAGUUUAAUAUGCUUGGACGACCGUCGUCUCUGCCGAAUUAAUUUUCUAUGGUGGGUAUGUAAAGACACCAGAUGAUGAUUGCUACGGGCACUUUGUCAAGUAGUAGGAAGCAUAAAUCAUCAACUUGGCUUUGUGGAAGACGUUGGUACCAAGUACAUCAGUAGAAGGGGAUUUCUUUGUCUGUAUUUUAAAUAUGUGCCUGCAGCAAUGUGUACUUCUAAAACUCUGUGAGACGUUACACUAACAAGUUCCUCCAACUCUCAUGUGAUUGAAUCUUUUAUAAUGUUGGUUUGAACAUCUAUUAUUAUAUGUCUCAUACAUCCAAGCGUACAUAUAGUAUAUUCA